AUGAUGAAGGAAAAAGAUAAGAAACUGAGAAAAAAAAGAUCACAAGAAAAAAAAGAGUAUCAUAGCUCCUCUGAAAGUAUGAAAGAUGAAGAGAUGGUUUCUUCUGAAGACGAACAUAAAAAAAGAAAAAACAAAGAAGAUGAUAAAGAUAUAAAAGAACGAGAAAAAAGUAAAAAACCUGAUGAGGACAAAAUGAAAAAGAAAAAAGUAUACGAAGAAGAAAAUUCUAAUAAUGAAGAUGGAAACAUAAAAAAAAAAAAAAAAAAGAAAUCACAAUGUGAAGAGAUUGACAAUGAUAAUAAUAAUAAUGAUAAUAAGAAUAAUGAUAUUGAUGACCAAGAAGAUGAAAAUAAUAAUAAAUAUAAUGAUUAUAAAAAAAAACAUAAAAGUAAUAGUAGAAUUAUUGAUGAUCCAAAUAAUAGUGAUAAUGAUAUAAAAAAAAGAAGAAAAAAAAAUAAAAGUGAUACUACUAGUUCAAUCAAUUCUAAUAUGUCUAAUAAUUAUAAUAAGAAUAACAAUUCUAAUAUUUCAGAGAUGUCUGAUAAUUCUUCAACAAAUUUGAGAAGAAAGAAAAGCAGAGAAGACGUGAUGAGGAAAAGAAAAAGAGAUAGAAGCUCUGAGUACAAAAUUAAAGGGUCCUAUAAAAAUAUUGAAAUACGAAUGAGGAAUAAAAAUAAAUAUAGAAGUUUAGAACGAAAAAUGAAAGAUAAAUCUAGAGAAAAGAAGAAAGGACGAAGUCAAAAUUCAAACAGUAGUAAGAGUGGCAAUUCUAGUGAUGAAAAUAAUUAUAAAAAGACUAAUCAUAAAGAUAAUCAUAAAGAUAAUCAUAAAAAUAAUCAUAAUGAUAAUAAUAAUUAUAGUAGUAAUGAUGAUAAUAGUAGUAACACUGGUUCUUCAAAUAGUGAUACUAGUGGUAAUGGUAGUGGUAAUGGUAGUGAUAAUGGUAGUGAUAAUAGUAGCACCGAAAACACUGGUAGAAACAAACGUGUAAGAAAUGUAAGCUCAAGCGUUAGUAUAAGUGAAAGGAUGAGGAGGAGAAGCAAAAUGAAAAGAAAAAGAAGACAUUCAAGAUCUAUUAGUAUUGAAAGAAGGAUUAAGGUCAAACACAGAAAUGUAGAAGAUGAAGACUCAGAGGGUAGUGAUAGCAAAUCGAGGAGGAGAAAAAGGGAAAGAAGUAGAGAUAAAUAUAGGGAAAGCCGCAGAGGUAGUAUUAGAGAUAGGGAUAAAGAAAGGUAUAGAGAAAGGGAGAGAGAAAGAGAGAGAGACAGAGAAAGAGAAAGAGACAGAGAAAGAGACAGAGAAAGAGAAAGAGAUAGAGAAAGGGAUAGAGAAAGAGAAAGGGAUAGAGAAAGAGAAAGAGAUAGAGAAAGACGCCGACAUAGAGAAAAAGAUAGAGAUAGAGAAAAAGAUAGAGAUAGAGAAAAAGAUCGAGAUAGAGAAAAAGAUAGAGAUAGAGAAAAAGAUCGAGAUAGAGAAAAAGAUCGAGAAAGACGUAAAAGCUACAAAUUUGAUUCUCCUCCUCACUCAUGUGAUGAAGAUAAUAAUAUAAAAUUAUCAAAGACAUCAAUUUCAAAUAAUAAUAAAUCCAUGAGUAUUCUAAGUAAUACUAUACCUACAUUAAAUAGUAAUAAUUUAGUAUUAAAUAAUGACAUUUCUGUUGUUAAUAAUUCAAGUUCUAAUAAUAAUAUUGAAAGUUUAAUCCAAACGUUGAACAGUAAUAUUCUGAACACUAAUAAUAGCAGCUUAACAGCUAGCCACAUUUUAAAUAAUAAUAAUAGUAAUAAUAGUAAUAGCAAUAGUAAUAAUUUGUUAUUAAACGAAAGUAAUUUUUUAAGUAACACUUUAAGAAAUAAUUUAUUAUUAGAAGAAAAGAAUAUAUUAUUAAAACAAUCUCAUUUAAAUUUAUUAUUAAAUAAUCAAUUGAAAUUAAAUAAUGUAAUGUCUUUACAGAAUAUAUAUAAGAAUGUAUUAAAUAUAAAUGAAUUAAGUUUUCCAACAAUAGAUGUAAAUAUCGAAAAGACAGCUAGAGAAUUAUAUGUUGGUAAUAUUCCUCAAAAUAUAGAUAUACAAGAAAUUGUAAAAUUUUUAAAUUCAUGUUUAUUAAUAUUAUAUAAUAAAGAAAAUGAAAAUGAAAAUAUAUGUUUGAAAGCAUGUAUAAGAGGUGAUACACAUUAUGCAUUUGUAGAAUUUAGAAAUAUUCAGGAUACAUCUAAUUGUAUGUUAUUAAAUGGUAUUAAUUUUUAUGGAAAUAAUUUAAGAAUUGGUAGACCAAAAACAUUUCCUAUUGAAUAUCAUAAUUUAAUACCACAAGCAACUAUUCCUAUUAUUGAUAAUUAUUAUUUAUCUCAAGGUUUAAUUGGAUUAAGAGCUUUUAUUAUUUUUUGUAAGAAUGAAGAAAAAAUGAAAAAUGAUGGAUUACCUAUUAAUAUGAUAAAAUUACAAAAAUUAUGUGUAUCUAAUAUAUCCAAAAAUAAUGAUACAAGUAAAAUUAAAGAACUAUUAGAAGCAUUUGGAGAAAUAAAAAGUUUUGAAUUUUUUUAUGGAGAUGAUAUAUCAGAUACUUAUAUAAGUUUAGUUGAAUAUGUAAAUACAGAAAAUGCUAUUCAAGCUCAUAAAAUAUUAAAUCAAAAUACAAGUUAUAAAAUUCAAUUCGAACAUGAAAUAAUUAAUGAUCCUCAUAUAAAUAAUAUAAUUAAAAAUAAAUAUAUGAAAACUGAAAAUUCUAUACUCACUCUACAAGUUCCUACCAAAGUUAUUGUUCUCAAUAAAAUUGCUACCUUUGAUGAACUAUCAGAUACAAAUGAAUAUAAAGAUAUAGUUGAAGACAUCAAAAUUGAAUGUGAAAAGUAUGGAAAGACACUGGAGGUAGUCUUGCCUGUUUUCUCUUAUAGAACCUAUGACUAUUUGAAGAGGAUGUCAAAUAAAAACCACCUUACAAAUGUCGAUCAUUUGGAAGAUAACCCCGAUAAAGAAAAUAAUGUGGACAAACAAGAUUGCGAUGAUAAUAAUAAUAAGAAGAAGCAAGAUGAUGAUAAUGAUAAUAAUAAGAAGAAAGAUGAUGGUGAUGAUAAUAAUAAUAAUAAUAAUAAUAAUGAUGAUGAUGAUAAUGAGGAAGAUUUAACUCAUCCCAAUUAUGACCUUACAUCUAUAGGAUGUGCCUUUAUUCAUUUUGAAAAUAUCGAAUCUGCAACCAAAGCAAGAAAAGAAUUAAGUGGUAGAAAAUUCGGAGCAAAUAUUAUCGAAGCAAAUUAUUUUAGUGAAAAAAAAUUCUUAAUGAAAAAUUUUAAAAAUGUAAAAUAUAAUUUUAAACAAUCUCAUUCUUCUCUUUUUAAUGUAAACUUAAAAUUAGGUAAUUUGACAUACUCAGAUUGUUCAGAUGAUGAAUAA